UGAAACUUCAGUGAAUAACCCGCCGUUAGAUUCGUGCUCUAGCAGUUACUCACUCUCCAACCAUCCCACCUGCCCCUCCCCCACCGAAUCGUACCACCAUGAAAGACAGCAAAGGCUGGGAUGGGAAGCUACGCGUUGAACCCAAAGCGACAAUAACAAACCCAGAGGCCCUGGAGGACCCGGAUUACUCAGAUUCGGAUGCGCCUCCUGUCGAGGAGAUUGAGGCGGACGAAGAUUUAUUAGAGGAUGAGGAUAAGGACGUCGAAGACAUCGAUCUGGUACAUUGUCGAAUACACUCUAUCCUGGCUUUGCGGUUGGAGCGAUUCACGAAGCUUCAGCGAUUAUGCCUGCGGCAAAAUCAAAUAUCACGGAUUGAAUUACCCUCUAGCCUCGGCGAAACACUACAAGAGUUGGAUCUUUACGACAAUCUCAUAUCACACCUUAAAGGGCUUGAUGAUUUCCAUAACUUAACUAGCUUGGAUUUGAGCUUCAAUAAGCUCAAGCACAUCAAGAAUAUCUCGCACCUAGUCAAGCUGAAGGACCUCUAUUUUGUGCAGAAUAAGAUCUCGAAGAUUGAAGGGCUUGAGGGGUUGACGGAAAUAAAGAACUUGGAAUUAGGGGCUAAUAAGAUUCGAGAAAUCGAGAACCUUGAGACAUUGAGCGCCCUAGAGGAGCUUUGGCUUGGGAAGAACAAAAUCACAGAAAUGAAGAACCUCGACGCUCUAACGAACCUUCGCAUACUUUCAAUCCAAUCUAAUAGACUCACCAGCCUAAAAGGUCUCUCAUCGCUCAAGAACCUGGAAGAACUGUACGUGUCGCAUAACGCUAUUACGGAUCUUGCGGGCUUAGAAUCGAACAAUGCCCUUCGCGUGCUAGACUUCUCGAACAACCAAGUUUCAAAAUUGGAGCACUUGUCCCAUUUGAAAGAACUGGAAGAGCUCUGGGCAUCCAAUAACCAGCUCUCAAGCUUUAACGAGGUGGAGCGCGAGCUAAAAGAUAAGGAAAACUUAAAAACAGUGUAUUUUGAAGGGAAUCCGCUGCAGACAAAUGGGCCGGUCGUGUACCGGAACAAGGUGCGCUUAGCCAUACCGCAAAUUAUGCAGAUUGAUGCUAGUAAGUGUUCUACCACUCGUUUGUACGAGUUGCUUGAUCAGUGCUGUCAAUGAUAGGAUAACGUUUGAUAAUGCCUAU